UGUUUUCAGUAAAGAGAAAUUUUACCACUGAAAGAGGUACCAAUUCUUCAUUAGUGUCUUCAAGUCAUCUUUGCAUUUCAGUACUUGUCACACUUGGUAAUUUGUAUUUCCUGUGUGAUUAUCAAACAUCUAUCCGCCCUCCGGGAGGGCAAAUAUCUAUCUUUCAACACCAGUCUUUCCCCAAAUUAAGCGAGACUCUCAAUUUUCAGCAAUACCACCAUCUAGUGGCAAGUGCAGUUACUUCCGCCCCGUUUUACAACAUACAUCGGUAUACACGCGUGUGGUUCAAGGGCUCUCAAACUUGUUUGUCCAGCUUAACUGUUCCUUCCAAAACCAGAAUAAUGGCAGACCUUUUCAACUUGUUAUGUGGAAAAGGCCUGCCAGUAGACACUGGCAGUUAUUUUAAAAUCACAAUCUUCUUUUUAAACCGUUGACUCCUGAUGUUGGUUAUCUUCCAGCAAUCGAUGGCAAGUGACAGAAACAGCUUUUCGUGGUUGUCAGCCUUCUUAAUCUGGGGGCUUGUAUGCUUUUAAUAUGUUAUAUUGCAGGUAAUAUACUCUUUUUCUGAAGCAACAGGUUAAAAAGCAGAGAAAAAGGCAAACCUGUUAUAUGUGAGAGAUGGCAUACAUACAAGUAAAUGCGCAAAGAAUAGGUUAUCAGCGGGUCCAAUUGGUCAUUGCAUAAGAAGAAAAUGAUCUCUGUUGGCCCUCAACUUUUCAGGGUCCCCCAGAAACAAUAAUGCCCGCAAAGUACAUGGCACGUCGACGCACAUAAUUUCUUCUGAGUGCCGGUAAGGUAUGGAGCACAAGAAACAGUCCUCAUUCCUUCAGCCUAGCGUGGUGUGGUCUACUUUAUAAUGUCUAUCACAUCUGAAAUAAGGUGUACUUUGAGUUUCAAUCAAAAUAUCGUUUUUAUUAUGGAAAAAAUGCAGUAUACAGAGUAAAAAGAAUCAUCUCUGCAUUCCCUCCAUCCAAGGAGAGUUCUGUUUUUCUUUUCUUCUUCUUCUUCUUUUUUUUUUUUUUAAGACAGGGUCUUGCUCACUUGCCUGGACUAGAGUGUAGUGGUGACUGCAUAUAGCUCACUGCAACCGCCAACCCAUGGACACAAGCGAUCCUCCUGCCACUGCCUCCCAAGUAGUUGGGACUACAGGUGGCCGAGCCCAGUUUAAUUUCAUGCUUUUUGUACAGACGCGGUCCCCCUAUUGCCUGGGCUGGUCUCCAACUCCUCGCCUCAAGCCAUCCUCCGGCCUCGACUACCCAAAACAUUAGGAUUACAGGCGUGGACCCCUGCACCCAGACAAGGUAGAAUUCUUAACAUUUCUUAACGUCAGAUUCUUCCCCUCUGUUGCAAUUACAUAUAUACACCUUGUUUAUUUAAAAAUCAGGUUUUUUUGGUUAAACACGUACAUUGCAAAUUAUUAUUUUUCAGAGACAGACUCUCGUUUUGUCGCCCUCGGUAGAGUGCCGUAGUGUCACAGCUCACAGCAACCUCCAACUCCUGAGCUUAGGCGAUUCUCUUGCCUCAGCCUCCCGAGUAGCUGGGACCACAGGCGCCCACCACAACGCCCAGCUAUUUUUUCUUGCAGUUUGGCCGGGGCCGGGUUCGAACCCACCACCCUCGGUAUAUGGUGCCGGCGCCCUAUCCAUUGAGCCAUAGGCGCCGCCCAGUAUACUGCUUAUUAUUAAUAACAUGUGGAGAGAGACAGCUUUGCUCGUAAUUCCUGGCUGAGGGACGCGUGGUCGGAAGCGCAGAAACUCGGAGGCCUGGCUGACUAGAGAGGGCGUGAUAACCAAGAUCUGGAUCCCGGACGAACACCGGGCCCAGACAAGUUCAGCGCUCCACCAGACACCUCCAGUCUGCCAGCGCCGACGUCUCUAGCGGACACCCUACGGGACCCGAGACACCCAGCAGGCGCGGCUAGUGCGCAGGCGUCAGGCAUAGAAAGCGGAAGCGGAAGUCUUGACGCGGUGGGUCGGUUCCCUCAGCGACCACGAACGAUGCGCGGUUUGGAGGAGCCGAAGCCUAGGGCCACAGCGACCCCGUGCGGCUGCGUGAAGCCGGCUCUGGAGACAGGGAAUCUUUUAACUGAGCCAAUAGGCUACUUGGAAUCCUGUUUCUCGACCAAGAAUGGUACUCCAAGGCAGCCAUCCAUUUGUAGCCAUUCCCGGGCUUGUUUGAAAAUUAGAAAAAGCAUCUUUAAUAAUCCUGAACAUUCCUUGAUGGGCCUAGAACAGUUUUCUCAUGUUUGGAUUUUGUUUGUUUUUCACAAAAAUGGUCAUUUGAGUUGUAAGGCAAAAGUACAGCCUCCUAGGCUGAAUGGUGCAAAGACUGGAGUUUUUUCUACAAGGAGUCCUCAUCGGCCCAAUGCAAUAGGACUGACCCUGGCAAAGCUGGAGAAAGUAGAAGGUGGAGCUAUCUACCUUUCUGGAAUUGACAUGAUACAUGGCACACCCGUACUGGACAUAAAGCCCUACAUAGCUGAUUAUGACUCGCCACAAAAUUUGGUGGAACCUUCAGGGGAUGUUAAUUUGCAGAAUAACCAGCAUAAGCCAAAAACUGUGUCCUGGUCUGAUGGCAAAACUGAUAGUUGUGAUCAGCGACAGCACUCAGGAUUCAAUGAGCCACAUCCUCAUCACAGCACUAAGGAGAAGCCUAAACGAUCUGAGGACAGAACUUCAGAAGACAACUGUCUGAAACACAGCAACACGGCAAAAACCCAGCGAACCUUGCCCACACACAGGGAGAGAGCAGUGAGUUUUGGUUUGGAGUCAAGAAGUGAUGAGAGACCAAGUAUGGCAGAAGAGCACAUUAGCCCCCAUUGCCUGGAGAAGAGCUCAGCGGAAGGAACAGACGAAAGGCUAAGGAGAGUGGAAGGGGCAGUGGUCCCCCCGGGAGGCAGUGCAGAGACACAGCCUGCAGUGCCUCACUCUCCUGCCAGGACGGCUGAGGGGGGGCCUGGCAGUGUGGUUCCCGCCUGGGUGAGACAGGCCCCCGUGGCCACAUUAGAAGUACGGUUUACUCCUCACGCCGAGAUGGACCUUGGGCAGCUCAGUUCAGGAGGUGAAACAGAUAUUGGUCAGUCGUCAUUUAAAUAUUUUCAAUCAGCAGAGGAAGCAAAGCGUGCCAUUGAGGCUGUGCUGUCAGCCGAUCCUCGGUCCGUGUACCGCCGGAAGCUCUGCCAGGACCGCCUGUUCUACUUCACUGUAGACACAGUACAUGUCACUUGCUGGUUUGGUGAUGGCUUUGCAGAGGUUCUAAGGAUCAAGCCGACUUCUGGGCCUGUUCAAGUGACUUGACCGUGGAGUCCUUGGAGCCUCCAUCAUGUCCUUAGACAGCCUCGUUGUGGCUUUUGGAUUUUCUGCAUAAGCUAAUGAUGUAUAGCAUAGCACUUGGCAAUCUCACUGCUUUUUUGAGCUAUUUCAAAUAUUUAUUUGAAAAAGAUAUAUUUUAAUAAAUUUAACUGAGAGAUAUAUUGAUAUUAAAGAAUCGACAGCCAGGCUCAGUGCCCAUAGCACAGUGGUUACAGCGUCGACCACAUAUACCUAGGCUGGUGGGUUCAAACCCGGCCUGGGCCAGCUAAACAACAAUGACAACUGCAACAACAACAACAACAACAAUAGCCAGGUGUUGUGUCGGGCUCCUAUAGUCCUAGCUACUUGCGAGGCUGAGGCAAGAGAAUCGCUUAAGCCCAAGGGUUUGAGAUUGCUGUGAGCUGUGAUGCCACAGACCGAGGGUGAGAUAGUGAGACUCUUAUCUCAAAAAAAAAAAAAAAAGAAUCCACAGGCAAUACUGUCUUGAUUUCUAAAAGAAGCUGAUUGUUCUUGGAACACUUGAUAAAAUCAUUCUAGCAGAGACUUUCUAGGCAGAAAUCAUUCUAGCAGAGACUUUCAAGUUGAGGGGAUCUGAUCAAUAGUUCGCAAUGGUUUCCUAUCUGGAAAAGUAUGACCUCUCUGUUAUAUUCUUUUUGUUGUUGUUGAGACAGGGUCCCACUAUGCCCCUGAUCAGAGUGCAGUGGGCGUGGUAGCUCACCACAACCUCAGACUCGGGCUGCGGGCACCCCGCUGCCUCAGCCUCCGGAAGCCGCUGGGAUUACAGGCGCUCGCCGCGGCGCCCGGCUGGGUUUUUCCAUUUUUUUCACGAGUCGGGGUCUCACUGUCGCUCAGGCGAGUCUCGAACUCCUGAGCUUAAGCGAUUCUCCCUCCUCAGCCUCCCACAGUGCUGGGAUUACAG